AUGAAUCCGAACGCCAACCACCCGGGGUACCGCCAGCGCGUUCCCCCCGGGCCGGGGCAGGAGUCGGUGUGGGACUACCCGCGCCCGCCGCGCGUGGAGCGCGUGGGGAAGCGCGUGCAGGUGGAGGUGGGCGGCGUGAUGCUGGCGGAUAGUGAGAAUGCAUGGCGCGUGCUGGAGACGAGUCACCCCCCCGUGUACUACAUCCCUCAGGAGGACAUUCAGAUGCAGUACGUGCAGCGGGAGGACGCAGCGUCAUCGUUCUGCGAGUGGAAAGGCGCAGCCACAUACUGGACCGUCUCCAUUCCCCAGGCGUCCAAGCACCUGCCGCGCUGUGCAUGGAGCUACGAGCGCCCCACGCCCCUCUUCCACCCCAUAGCAUCCCACCUGGCCUUCUACUGUGCGCCCAUGGACGCCUGCCGUGUGGGUGGAGAGAUUGCAGAGCCGCAGCCAGGGGGGUUCUAUGGCGGGUGGGUGACCAAGGAUAUUGUGGGGCCGUUCAAGGGUGGACCAGGGUCGUGGGGGUGGUGA